GCUAAGUGGCGCUAAAGACCCAGUCAGCCACUGGCAUCACGUGACCUCAACAUACCGUCUUCUCUUUGUCAUUUCACCGGUAAUAGCUCAGUAACCUCUGUAUCCGUAAAGCCCAAAAUACACGUGUCCAACACAGAGGGCUGACAUGACCGAGAGGCACCGCGCGCUGCCGUCGUGGAUGGCGAAGAAGGAAGGGAAGGUGAAAGAGAAGGAGCCGCUGAGGAGCGCGAGGAAACGAAAAGCCGCGCGGGCGGCUUUCUACUGUAUGAACGAGAAGGAGCUGGUGGACGCGGCUUUCUCGUGUCUCACCGACGCUGCCCGCGAGGACGUCGCUCUCCCCGCUGACCGCAAGGUUGAAGACAAGGCAGCAGCCACCACUGUAAACACGAGGGAGGACCCUGCCACUGCAAAGAAAACAGCAAAGCUUUUGACUUUAGCGGAGCAGUCUUCAGACGAAGGUGAUGCCCUGGAUGCAACAUGUGUUUCAGAAACAGACAUGGAGAUCAGCCCGGGGCAUCUGGGACCUGAGGGUCAGAGGGCGGGACCUGGACAGGAUCAUGGUGGAUCGGAGGCUGAGGAAAAAGAGGAGGAUGACGCCUUACGGCUUGUGAGGGAAAUAUUUUUCGCACGAUAAUGAACCCGAGCAUACGGCAUCUAAAAAAAAAACAUGCUGGUGGGGCAUUGCACAUCUCAGUGGCUUCACUAGGUCUGGGGUUCAAUAGGAGCCUCUAUGGAUGUUAUACAGCUCCGUAUGGUCUGAUUGAACUGUCCUCGUGAAUGAAUGGAAAUCCCAUUAAUACAGAUAACGUGGUAUUUUGUGAACAGAAAUAUCAGAACAUGAGUGACAUAUAAAUAUGUAUCAAGUGGAUCUUUUAAAAUUGAAUGUGAAACCAACAGCAAGUGGAGUUUAGGUAAAGAAAUCAUUCCACCACGAGAAGUUUUUUCAACUUUGAUGAUUUAUGAGGUGGCAGUGAAUGCAAUGUCCUUUAUUUUCAUUCUCUUAAGCAACUUUGUACAAACGUUGAAAACUGGAAAGCUCAAAAUAUCUUGCCAGUGUUCUCGACUCCAAGAUGAGCUUCUCUGAUAAUUACGUGUUUGUUAUCAAGAGAUGCUCUGCGAUUUUGUCUUCCGAUGUCUACACGGUUACUGUUGAGUAACCCCCCCGCUGC